GACUCGUUUCUAUGCAUGGCUUCAACACUUUCCCCUCUCCUUACUAUAAAUACAUCUCCACUCAAACCUAUUCUGCACAUUUAAUCUAAGCUUCAAACAACAAAACAUAACUACACUUCUCUCUUCUCAUCUUCACUCCCUUCCUUUCCCCGCUUCUCUUUCACUCCAUCAACACACGUCAUUGCAGGUUCGCCGCGUACAUAUAAAAAGGUGUGAUUAAUUGAUUGACGACAUAUAUAAGCAUGAAUAUUUCAUUCUCCGCCGCCUGCAAGCAAACGCAGCCGCCGCCGAUGGUGAACUUCCCCGGCGGCCUGCUGAACCUCAUUCCGCGGCAGCGGCGCAAGGAGAAGGUGGUGGUGGUAAUGGGCGCGACGGGGACGGGGAAAUCGCGGCUGUCGAUCGAGCUCGCCACGCGCUUCGGCGCGGAGGUGAUCAACUCCGACAAAAUGCAAGUCUACAAGGGGCUCGACAUCGUCACCAACAAGGUCAACGAGGAGGAAUGCGGCGGCGUGCCGCAUCACCUGCUCGGGUUCGUGGACCCAGAAGCCGACUUCUGGGCCCACGACUUCGUCUACCACGCCUCCGCCGCCGCGGACGACAUCGCCAAGAGGGGCCGGAUGCCCAUCAUCGCCGGCGGCUCCAACUCCUUCAUCAAGGCGCUCGUCAACGACGACCACCAUUUCCGGUCGAGGUACGACUGCUGCUUCCUCUGGGUCGACGUGGCAAUGCCCCUGCUCCACUCGUUCGUGUCGAAGCGAGUCGACCAGAUGGUCGACUCGGGGCUCGUGGCGGAGGCGCGCGAGUUCUUCGACCCCGCCGGCGACUACUCCCGCGGCAUCCGCCGCGCCAUUGGCGUGCCGGAGCUCCACGAGUACUUCCGCAGCCAGGGCGGCGGCGCCGCCAGGGCGAAGCUGCUGGAUGCGGGGAUCGAUCAGAUCAAAUCCAACACCCGCACCCUGGCGUGCCGCCAGCUGCAGAACAUUAUGCGGCUGGCGGAGCACCUCGAGUGGCGGAUGCACCGCCUCGACGCGACCGAGGUCUUCCUGAAGCGCGGCGACGAGGCGGAGGAGGCGUGGGACAGGCUGGUGGCGGGGCCGAGCACCAGGAUCCUCGCCCAAUUCCUGUGCGAGGACCACAUGGAUUUCGUCUCGACCAUCGCGGCGGCAGGGUCAACCUCCGCCGCCGCUCCAUUAAUCCUGGGCUCCGCCAGCACUGCUGCUGUCGCAGCCGCUACUCACUAGUGGGGACACUCCCACCUUAAAAAAAGAAAAAAGACCAAAUCGACGGUGGUGGCGCGGCGGCGGUACCAGAACUACUAGUAGAAAAAAUACAAUAAGUGUGGUGAGAUUCGAUCGAUCGAUCUUACAACAAACGGGGAAGGUGAAUCUUUUUUCCGAGAUCCACGUGGAAGUGUUGUGGGCCCGCCGAGGGUGGAAUCUAGGUUAACCUUUUUUCUUUUCCUUAAAUUUCGUAACCUACCAUUUUGCAAAGGUUGCUGUCUCUAUCUGCCAGUUUUGAGCACCUGAACCUUGGUCGGCCGUACAGUUGGGAAAUCUUGGUGAAGAAUUUGCUGCUCAGUUUGCCAGAAAUGGGAAAAAAGAGGAAGAAAGGAAAGAAGAAGAAGAAGAGAGCUUAUGCACUUUGGUUUGUUAAAUAUAUGAAAUAAAAUAAAAGCAGUGCAGAAUGGAGCAAACAGUAUACAGAGAAAGAGGGAGUGACUUAUUUAUUUUUUGGUUUAAUUCCUCUUUUUUUUUUUUUUUCUUUUUUAAAUUUGGGGUCUCUUCCAUUAUGUUUGGGGUCUAUUUGUGUAAUGUAGCUUCUUGUAUAAUGAGCUGUAUUAUUCGCGGAUAUGACAACUUGGUGGUAUAUAUUUUUUAUAAAUAUAUAUUUAUAAGUUGAAUAUA